CUAGCAUCGACAUGCAACUCGUUAGUUCGGGCUAGGAGGUGAUAUAAAGGCGUACCGGGAUCCGUCUUGAUCCGAUUUGUUGCUUGUAACACGAAAAGAUCAGCUUAAUUUAGCGGGAAGUCCCCGUCGCUGCCACACCACAUUUUACCAUCAUGGUGGUGUGGGCGGUGCUGAUAUUGGCAGUGGUCGCGUUGACCGAUGCAGCGGUACCAGAUCCACCGGAAAAUUCUGGUAUCACUACAGUCGGCUCCAAGAAAUUGGCAACUGCCGCCGACUGCGCCGGAGUCGUCGCCUUCUCUGCCACUCAAGGCUCGGUGAACGAAGCUAAACUCGUUCUCGCCGAGACUCUGGUGGACAAAGGAGUCGGCUAUGCGGCGGAGACAGGCAUCUUCACCACGCAUUGUCCAGGCCUCUACCAAUUCAGCUUCGCCGGAUACGGUAGCACGGACCUGCGAUUGACAUUAAAACGUAAAUUGAACAAAUCUGACAGCUGGAGAACAAUUGUCAGCGCCGGUCCAGGCGGAGGAAGCAAUCUCGUCCUGUUGGACGUCGAAGCCGGUGAUCAGCUGGCCGUCUUCGUUGAAUCCGGGAAGAUCGCCGACGGGGCUACUUUUACGGGUCAUCGCGUUUACAAAAGAUAAAUUGGACCGUUAAAACUUUCAAUGACAUCAGGCUGAUCAUUAUUUUAUAGAAAAACGAAAUUAAAGUAUAACGAAAUUGAUCCUAAAAGAAAAUCCGUGAUAUCAAUGUAAAAAUAUUUGACUAAAUUUUAGAAUUUCAUGUUCAAUUUAAAAACUGAAUACAUUAUAUAUGUAACCAAUCUAGUAAAGAACACUGAAUUUUAUCAAUAGAUCAUCUUUCAUCGAGUCAGCAAGUUUUUAAAUAAAUCAAUCUUUUAAUAUAAAAAAAUAAUAUAAAAAAACCAAGUUUUGACCAAAUGUUAAAAAUUGAAAAAUUAAGAUAUACACGUAAUAAAUAAAAUUAGCGAUAAUGUCAUGUUCUUUUUGAACAAUUCUAAAAAUUUUCAUCAAUAUACAUAUUAUAAAAGCAUCUAAAAAGGAAAAAAAUUAAAACGCUUUUGCAAAAUCCAAGUUAUAAAUAUCAACGUUAUUUCAUUCAAAAGACUUUCUUGUAUGUCAAAAUAGAGUUUAUAAUUCUAAAACAUCUUGAUAAAUUUAAAAUUUAAUGUUUUGUGAUAAUUGUUUCUCUCCGCUCUUUGAGCAUUCUGUUAAAAUUUUAUUGAUUUAAUAAUUUUUAAUAAGAAGUAAAAACAAAUUUUUAACUAUUUCGUAAACCAUAUACUUUUUCAGUUCUUUCAUUUUGCUAGUGUUUUCUUCUUUAUAUUAACUUUCUCCUCGCCAUUUCGUUUUUCUCGAUUUAUUUUUCUCGCUAUUAUAGAUUAACGUGAUUACAAAUCAACUUUCUCCGUUCAAUUUACGUGCAUUGCAUUUAUCUUUCUAUCUUUUCUUUGAUUAUUUAUAUCUCUAAUACUUUCUAGUUCUUUAUUGUUCUCGAAUAUUUCUGCCGCUGUCUUUUAAAAUUGUUUUUCUUCUUAGUUCUUAUCUCUGCUGUCUAUUACAAAUUUUAUCUUUCUUUAUUUCAUAUUUUCAUCUAUCUCUCGUUCGUGCUUUCUUUUUUGAAUACUUGUCUUUAAAAAUAUUCUAUGAUUGAAAUUAUCAUAUUUUUACUCCUGUUUCUAUCAUUAUUCUGCCUUUUGAACUCAUUGUUGUUAUUUCUUUAUCUUCUUCUAGUCUAUAUUUUUUACAAAUCUUACAUGUUUUUUGUCAAAUCUUUUUUUCUUUUUUUCUUUUCAAUUUCGUUUUCUAUUUCCGAUUUAAUCUCUACAUGUCUAUCUGUUUCUUUUUUCGUUUUAUUUAUCUUUAUCUAUCUAUCUAUCCAUCUAUUUGUCUACCUAUCUAUCGAUCUUUUUUCUAUCUUUCUAUCUCUAUCAUUUUCACUCUGUUUUUAUUAUAAAUGUUGCAAGCGUUUACUAUUAUUGUAGUUACAUCGGAGAGAAAAAUUGUUGACAUAAUAAAAAAAAAAUAAAAAGAGAAAGAUUUAUAAACAACAAUGGAGAACGCGUGCGCGCAUCUAUGGCGAACAGUGCGAUUUAUUUUUGUACGAAUUAUUUUACCAAUGUAAGAAAAAUGUUAACAAUGAAUAAAAUUGUAUUCGCAUAA